AUGCGAAUCUUCCUCCUCUUCAUACUUGUCGCUCUGCAACACUUUGUCGACAGUCGCGGAGGUCGAAGAGGAGGGAAGGGCAAAGGGAAAAGCAAUCUGCAAUUUGCACAAGUAGCCGAAUUCUCAUUAAUUCAAACACAACUCGCCGACAAUCGGAGUGCUCAUAUCGUCACUGGCUCACACUUCAGUCAGACAUUUCGCCUUGGAUAUAAACUGAUCAUCAUUUGCAAAGCAAAAGGGGAUCCACGACCGACCAUUAAAUGGUACAAGGAGGGCGCUGAGCUUCAUCCGAAACAUAACACUCAU